GAUAAGCACCCUCAGAGCAGCGGCCCGGGGAGGUGAUUAGCGCCUCGUCACGCGAGCACCGGAAGGGGAUCAGGCAGCCGGACAGUCGGCGAGAGCUGUGGGUGUCUCCGAAUCGCUUUUGGAAUCGGCCGUUUUUUAAACAGAGUCUAGUGAGGCCUCUAGCGGCCUUCUCGGUUGAGGGCGGAAGGGACGACUGCGUGGUGCCCGCGGCGCCAGAAGAGAACUCCUGGACUCACGUGGAAGUUGCGCCCAGGAUGCUGCGCCGCGAGGCCCGCCUUCGCCGCGAGUACCUGUAUCGCAAGGCCUGUGAGGAGGCUCGGCGAACAGCCCAGGAGAGGAAGGACAAGGUUCGGCGUGCGCUCGAGGAGAACCGCCUGAUUCCCACCGAGUUACGCAGGGAGGCUCUGGCCUUACAGGGUUCCCUGGAGUUUGAUGAUGCCGGCGGUGAAGGUGUGACCAGCCACAUGGAUGAUGAGUAUCGAUGGGCAGGGGUUGAGGAUCCCAAGAUCAUGAUCACUACUUCCCGAGAUCCCAGUUCCCGCCUCAAGAUGUUUGCAAAGGAGCUAAAGUUGGUGUUCCCAGGCGCCCAGCGCAUGAACCGUGGCCGGCAUGAGGUAGGGGCGCUGGUGCGAGCCUGCAAAGCCAACGGGGUCACUGACCUGCUGGUUGUCCAUGAGCAUCGAGGCACACCUGUGGGGCUCAUUGUCAGCCACCUGCCCUUUGGCCCAACCGCGUACUUCACGCUGUGCAACGUGGUCAUGCGGCAUGACAUCCCCGACCUGGGCACCGCGUCGGAGGCCAAGCCUCACCUGAUUAUGCAUGGCUUCUCCUCCCGCCUGGGUAAGCGGGUCUCUGACAUACUCCGCUACCUGUUCCCUGUGCCCAAAGAUGACAGCCGCCGGGUCAUCACCUUCGCCAACCAGGACGACUACAUCUCCUUCCGGCACCAUGUGUACAAGAAGACAGACCACCGCAAUGUGGAGCUGACCGAGGUUGGGCCUCGCUUUGAGCUGAAGUUGUACAUGAUCCGUCUGGGCACGCUGGAGCAGGAGGCCACAGCAGAUGUGGAGUGGCGCUGGCACCCCUACACCAACACCGCGCGCAAGAGGGUCUUCCUGAGUGCUGAGUGAGCCCACUCACCAGUCAGGAUGUGGACCUGGACCCGGGAGCUGGGGAGAGGAAACAUCCUGACCAGGUCCACCUGUAAAUGACUGCAGGGAAGAAGAAAUUAACACAUCCUCUCCAGAGGCUGAUGGGAACCAGGAAGUGUUUGAUUUUACUUCCUCCUCUUUUAGUAUAAAAGGAGCCUGAAUUCUAACUCGGGCAAGAUGUUUCUUUGGGGCAUGAGCCCACCAUCUUCUCGGUUUGCUGGCUUUCCAAAUAAAGUCUUAUUUCUUGUCCCAACAA